AUGACCGACCCCCUCCUGGCACAUCUGCAAGGCUCACUCUUCCCUCAAUGUCGUGUAGGCAUCAAUGGCUUUGGCCGUAUCGGCCGAGCGGCCUUCCGAGCCUCGCUCGAAAGGACAGACCUCAUCGUGGUCGCCAUCAACCACACCGCACCCUCCAUCGACUACCUCCUCCACGCCAUCAAAUACGACUCCACCCACGGCACCUCCCGCCACGCUGCCGACCUCUCCAUCAAAGACGACGCCCUCUACUUCAAAGACAGGCGUAUCGAGCUGUUCAGCCAGAGAGACCCGUUGAGGUUGUAUUGGAAAGCGGCGGGGGCAGAGUAUGUGGUCGAGUCGACGGGAAAGAUGACUACUGUGGAGACUGCCGGCGCGCAUUUGAAGAGUGGGGCGAAGAAGGUUGUGAUUUCGGCGCCUUCCAAAGACGCAAAGACUAUUGUGGUUGGGGUCAACAGGAAAGAGUACAAUCCGUCCAUGAACGUGCUCUCGAACGCUAGCUGCACUACGAAUUGUCUUGCGCCUCUUGCAAAGGUUCACGCGUCAACGUCCUCGCAGCCUAUCCUCGAUGGCUAUAGCAAGAAGAAUCGUCGACUCGGCCGUGGAGUCAGCUCGAACAUCAUCCCCACCACCACCGGCGCCGCCACCGCCGUCCAACUCGUCCUCCCCGAACUCGCCGGCAAAUUCACCGGCGUCUCCGUCCGCGUCCCCGUCAACAACGUCUCCAUGGUUGACCUCACCGUACACCUCUCCACCCCGGUCCAAUCCGUACACGACCUCCUCCUGCCCAUCCGUGAAGCUUCCACAGGGCUCUCGACGCUGGGCCCGCUGGCGAAUGUGUUGUGCGUGAAUGAUGAUGAGCUGGUGUCGCAUGAUUUUUUGGGGUGGCAGUAUAGUUGUAUUGUGGAUUCGGCUGCGACGGUGAUGUUGAAUGAGAGGGUGUUCAAGAUCAUUGCUUGGUAUGAUAAUGAGUAUGGCUAUGCCUGUCGUUUGCUCGACCUCGUCAUGUUUACGCAUGAAGUCGAUAAUGGCAAGGUCCCGACUCCGACAGCUUCGGGCUGGCAGACGCCCACUGGGGGCCAUGACCACGCUGUUCAAGUCUAG